ACACUUUGAUUGUAACUUCGCGCGAAUUCGGUUACCUUCUGUAACCAAGAUUGUAUCCUGACACGAUCUCGGUAUCCUUUCGAUGCCACGAGAUCGCCAGCAAAUAAACAUCGACUUGGUCCAUUAAUUGCCUUCUGAUAUUUGGCUUCUCGGGGAUUUUAUGGAGUCAUUUGGAACGAGCUUCUUACGCCUUCUGAUCUAUUUGGCACGUGUUUCUUGGUAGCGGUGUUCAUAGUUAAUCUCAACUCGACGCCACGCUACAAUUGGUGACCCGUAUUUUGGAACACGCCUCUGCUUCUGGUCAAAUCUUCCGAAGAAGCCAAUUCGGUGAGUCUAUGAUUUAUCUAUCCACGUCUGUCGUAUAUUUUCAUAUUUAAUAUAUAAUAUACUCGACAUGACGGAUAACGAUAAGAAUAGUAUUAAUAUAAUAGACUCACAUGUAUGUGUACCGAAUCCUUGUUACUUUUUAUUCGCGUGACGAUGAGUUCCACGCUUUAUUCGAGAAAUUUUCCCCUAUUAACUAUUCUCCUCGCUGACCCGGCUGUUUGGUACGGAAUGCAUUCGCAUACUCAUUAACGUCUACCUCCCAGCAUCAAAUGGUUAAGUUGAACGGUUUCAUUGCCAACUUAAAAGUGCUCUACGAGCACACGAGAACGACAACUGGUACGAAACCUUAUCGCUCGUCCCCUUAGGUAUUCGAACGAGCUUGAAGGCAGAUAUACAAUGUUCCGCCGCUGAACUGGUAUACGGCACGACAUUGCGUCUGCCCGGAGAAUUCACACCACGGAGCAGACCUAAUUUCGGUAAAUCAGACAACGUCCGUCGACUGUCUGCAUUUAUGUGAACGCUGUCUCCGGUGUCAACUCGAAUACAACAUCGACAGGUCGCUCUCCCUCGAGAGUUAUCUACCUGUUCACAUGUUUUCAUACGAGUAGAUUCGGUACGCAAACCUUAGCAACAACCUUACGAAGGCCCUUUUCACGUGAUCGCUCGUCACGAAAAGACCUUCAAGGUUGAUCGAUAUGGACGCGUCGAGAUCGUCAGCGUUGAUCGUCUCAAAUCAGCACACGUCGAUGACAGUGCCCUAUCUGGUAACCCGAGAUUCAAUGCUAGACCUACUAAACCUAGCGGGAUCCUCAAAUCUCCUUCAGGUCCCACGCUAGAUACACCUGAGACCUCAUUCUCACGUCCCAGUCAACAGCACGCGUCAUCUGCACCGUCUACGGACGAGACUUUGGUCUCACGUCCAGAUCGGCAGACCACGCCGCCCCUGACCUCGGAUGAGAUUGCAGGCUCACGCGAUACGAACGAGACUGCCGUCUCACGUUCCGGUCGCCGAGUACGGUUGCCCGUACGCUUCCGCGACUAGUCGCACAGUCAACAACCGAUACGAUGUAGUGUUAUUCCUAUACUACACGCACGCUACACUCUUCUCUUUUUUGCUUUUCUUUUUGUUUCCUGAGCCCACGCCUCCGACCACCUCCGUUUGGUUCCGUCGACUUCAGUCAACUUUGGCGAAAGCUGGACUGGCCACCCAUGCUCUUGUCAACUCACUCAGUCGAUAUUUUGGUUUCGAAUGCUUGGCAUACGCUUGGUCUCGAACAUGGUCGUUACGGUCUCUUCUGGUCUUUUGGCUCAACGUGGUUUCGUCCUACGUCUGCAGCGUUUCUGGUCCGGACCCCUACGAACGCCCUCUUCAGAUUCUGGAUACAAACCACUCUGGUGUAGCAUGCCAACUCAAGCAACAAAUACAGCACAUCGCUCCUGGUACCGUUCUCUGAAAACGACCUUCGUUGGCAACUCGACGAUCAACGAUCGCUUUCCUGUUCGCCAAUUCUUCCGUCCUACAAUCGCUCGUCAGCCGAUCAGUCCCACGAUUUAAACCGCUAUUUAUCGAAAGUGUAAACCCUUUCUAGCGGGGGCUCCUGUAGUGACUCACAUUUAUCACGAGAACACGACUGGUUUAAUAAAAACAAUUAUUAUUAUAACCAACUGUACCAGUGCUUGUUUUAAUGUGCUUUUGUUUGACUGUGCUAAUGACAGCUAUUUUGUGCUUCCAUUCUUAUACUUACACUUUGAUUGUAACUUCGCGCGAAUUCGGUUACCUUCUGUAACCAAGAUUGUAUCCUGACACGAUCUCGGUAUCCUUUCGAUGCCACGAGAUCGCCAGCAAAUAAACAUCGACUUGGUCCAUUAAUUGCCUUCUGAUAUUUGGCUUCUCGGGGAUUUUAUGGAGUCAUUUGGAACGAGCUUCUUACGCCUUCUGAUCUAUUUGGCACGUGUUUCUUGGUAGCGGUGUUCAUAGUUAAUCUCAACUCGACGCCACGCUACAAUUGGUGACCCGUAUUUUGGAACACGCCUCUGCUUCUGGUCAAAUCUUCCGAAGAAGCCAAUUCGGUGAGUCUAUGAUUUAUCUAUCCACGUCUGUCGUAUAUUUUCAUAUUUAAUAUAUAAUAUACUCGACAUGACGGAUAACGAUAAGAAUAGUAUUAAUAUAAUAGACUCACAUGUAUGUGUACCGAAUCCUUGUUACUUUUUAUUCGCGUGACGAUGAGUUCCACGCUUUAUUCGAGAAAUUUUCCCCUAUUAACUAUUCUCCUCGCUGACCCGGCUGUUUGGUACGGAAUGCAUUCGCAUACUCAUUAACGUCUACCUCCCAGCAUCAAAUGGUUAAGUUGAACGGUUUCAUUGCCAACUUAAAAGUGCUCUACGAGCACACGAGAACGACAACUGGUACGAAACCUUAUCGCUCGUCCCCUUAGGUAUUCGAACGAGCUUGAAGGCAGAUAUACAAUGUUCCGCCGCUGAACUGGUAUACGGCACGACAUUGCGUCUGCCCGGAGAAUUCACACCACGGAGCAGACCUAAUUUCGGUAAAUCAGACAACGUCCGUCGACUGUCUGCAUUUAUGUGAACGCUGUCUCCGGUGUCAACUCGAAUACAACAUCGACAGGUCGCUCUCCCUCGAGAGUUAUCUACCUGUUCACAUGUUUUCAUACGAGUAGAUUCGGUACGCAAACCUUAGCAACAACCUUACGAAGGCCCUUUUCACGUGAUCGCUCGUCACGAAAAGACCUUCAAGGUUGAUCGAUAUGGACGCGUCGAGAUCGUCAGCGUUGAUCGUCUCAAAUCAGCACACGUCGAUGACAGUGCCCUAUCUGGUAACCCGAGAUUCAAUGCUAGACCUACUAAACCUAGCGGGAUCCUCAAAUCUCCUUCAGGUCCCACGCUAGAUACACCUGAGACCUCAUUCUCACGUCCCAGUCAACAGCACGCGUCAUCUGCACCGUCUACGGACGAGACUUUGGUCUCACGUCCAGAUCGGCAGACCACGCCGCCUCUGACCUCGGAUGAGAUUGCAGGCUCACGCGAUACGAACGAGACUGCCGUCUCACGUUCCGGUCGCCGAGUACGGUUGCCCGUACGCUUCCGCGACUAGUCGCACAGUCAACAACCGAUACGAUGUAGUGUUAUUCCUAUACUACACGCACGCUACACUCUUCUCUUUUUUGCUUUUCUUUUUGUUUCCUGAGCCCACGCCUCCGACCACCUCCGUUUGGUUCCGUCGACUUCAGUCAACUUUGGCGAAAGCUGGACUGGCCACCCAUGCUCUUGUCAACUCACUCAGUCGAUAUUUUGGUUUCGAAUGCUUGGCAUACGCUUGGUCUCGAACAUGGUCGUUACGGUCUCUUCUGGUCUUUUGGCUCAACGUGGUUUCGUCCUACGUCUGCAGCGUUUCUGGUCCGGACCCCUACGAACGCCCUCUUCAGAUUCUGGAUACAAACCACUCUGGUGUAGCAUGCCAACUCAAGCAACAAAUACAGCACAUCGCUCCUGGUACCGUUCUCCGAAAACGACCUUCGUUGGCAACUCGACGAUCAACGAUCGCUUUCCUGUUCGCCAAUUCUUCCGUCCUACAAUCGCUCGUCAGCCGAUCAGUCCCACGAUUUAAACCGCUAUUUAUCGAAAGUGUAAACCCUUUCUAGCGGGGGCUCCUGUAGUGACUCACAUUUAUCACGAGAACACGACUGGUUUAAUAAAAACAAUUAUUAUUAUAACCAACUGUACCAGUGCUUGUUUUAAUGUGCUUUUGUUUGACUGUGCUAAUGACAGCUAUUUUGUGCUUCCAUUCUUAUACUUACACUUUGAUUGUAACUUCGCGCGAAUUCGGUUACCUUCUGUAACCAAGAUUGUAUCCUGACACGAUCUCGGUAUCCUUUCGAUGCCACGAGAUCGCCAGCAAAUAAACAUCGACUUGGUCCA